AUGAGCCUCCAGCCACCAUCGCUCGCGAGCAGGCCCAAAGGGGGCGCUGCGAAGACGACUAAAGCUGUCAUUUUGGUCGGAGGACCUUCCCGCGGCACUAGGUUCAGGCCUCUGUCUAUGGAGCUACCCAAGCCCCUCUUCCCCGUCGCUGGCCACCCAAUCAUCGAGCACUGCUUCCGCGCUAUUGCGAGCGUCCCCGAGAUUAAGGAAGUCUUCAUUGUUGGCUACUACGAGGAGUCCGUCUUCCAGCCCUUCAUCAACACAGUCUCCACCAGCUUUCCGCAGCUCACCGUCAAGUACCUCCGAGAAUACCAGGCAUUGGGCACCGCAGGUGGUCUUUACCACUUCCGCGAUGUGAUUCUGAAGGGCAAGCCGGACAGAUUCUUCGUCUUGAACGCCGAUGUGUGCUCGUCGUUCCCGCUUAACGACAUGCUCAAGCUUUUCGAGGACAAGGAUGCUGAGGCGGUCAUGCUAGGUACGCGCGUUGCGAGCGAAGCGGCCAACAACUUUGGUUGCAUUGUUUCGGACACCCACACGAAGCGUGUUCUCCAUUACGUUGAGAAGCCCGAAGGCCAGAUUUCCAACCUGAUCAACUGCGGUAUUUACCUCUUCGCGACCGAAUGUAUUUUCCCCGCCAUCCGCAGCGCCAUCAAGCGCCGCAGCGAGCGACCCCGCCUCCUCUCAUACCCCUCCUCCGAGAACCUCGAGUCAUCCUACUACCCGGGUCAGGACGACGAUGACGAGGACAAGGAGAACACCGUCGUCCGGCUAGAGCAGGAUGUCCUCUCCGACAUUGCAGACAGCAGGCAGUUCUUCGUUCUCGAGACCAAGGACUUCUGGCGCCAGAUCAAGACUGCUGGCUCCGCCGUCCCAGCCAACGCCCUUUACCUCACCAAGGCUUUCCAGUUGGGCUCGGAAGAACUUGCCAAGCCCUCUGCCAACAUCCUCCCACCCGUUUACAUCCAUCCCUCUGCAAAGGUCGACCCUACGGCCAAGAUCGGCCCCAAUGUCUCCAUUGGCGCUCGUUCCAUUAUCGGCGCCGGUGCGCGUGUCAAGGAGACGAUCGUGCUCGAAGACUCUGAGAUCAAGCACGAUGCGUGCGUGAUGUACUCCAUCGUGGGAUGGCACAGCAAGAUUGGUGCUUGGGCACGUGUUGAGGGCACACCUACACCCAUUACUAGCCACAGCACGAGCAUCGUCAAGAACGGUGUUAAGGUGCAAAGCAUCACUAUCCUGGGUAAGGAGUGUGGUGUAGGUGACGAGGUGCGCGUGCAGAACUGUGUCUGCCUGCCCAACAAGGAAUUGAAGAGGGCAAGUCUCCCCCUAUCCACCUUCAUUGACAAUGCUGACACGGGAUGCAGGAUGUCUCGAACGAGGUCAUUAUGUAAGGAAAGUGACAGAAUGCAUGAUACCACGAUAGCGUUGGCCUACGUUGACAUUUGCCGAUUAGUUAGAAGGAGUAGCUCCAAGAAGCCGGUUCUGCAGAUGUAA